CAUUCUUUAAUAACAACAACGUUCCGUAAACAACUUCAAAGAGUAAAACCACAAAGGUAUCGUCCCUUGGAAUCUCUCUCCAGAAAAUAUAACACUUUCACUCCCCGGUACCUCCAACGAUAUUGGCAAUAUGCGUGAGUUUGCCUGAGUUUCGGGGCCAAGUGAAGAAUAAUAUAACAGAAAAUUGACAAAUAAAUGCAAAUAAGUAACUCAAACAGCCGAAAUGGCUCAAAAACCAAAGCGCAGCGAGUGCCCAGGGCACGUCUGGAUGUUGGCCAUGUGCCAAGCUCUUGGCCAAACCGAACCCAAAGCCAAACAAAGGUAAAUACACAAACGGCACUCAAUUACACUCAAAAACGUACGGAAAACGGUCAAAAUAUGUAUGUGAAAAAGCGCAGCAGUUGGAAUAAGUUCGUUGGCCAAGGCGAAGCCAAAAUUAGUGCAACCUCGCACCAGGGCCAGAGUGGAUCACCGGUAUACAACCACGCCAGACAGUGAUGCAGUUGCUCCAGAUAUCGAUGGGAUGGGUUCUGGGGCUGGGGCUGCUCUCCACAGUUCUGGAAGCAGCCAUCCUCCCCCUGACUCUGAUCCAGGAAGCGGAAGUUCCAACGCCCAUGGACACAGACAAAUUUGGUUACCUCGAGGUGAAGCCAAAUGGCUCUUUGAUUCUUCGGAGAGCCCCCAACCAGAGUGGCAGCAAUCUUCAGAAUCUUCUCCUGCUUCGGGGAGUCCUGCAAGCCCUUAAGCUAAGUCCCACGAAAAUAUCAGAGGCUGGAAGCGAAGCCCAGGUAGCUUUGAAACUCUAUGGUGAUGGGGUGGAGCUCAAGUUCCCACCUUUCCUGGAGAACGUCAUCCAGCGCAUUCAGACCUACUUUUCCGUAUACCGCUACACGGAUACCAGUAAGCCCAACUUUCAACGGAAAGAAAACACAACCAUAUCCGAGAAGCCAGAAGAAGAAAAUACAAUCAUAUCCGAGUCAGUGGGCGAAACCACUUUGAAACAAGAGGAGGAUUCGGACGAACUGACGUCCAUCGGAGAACAGGAUGCCUACAUUACAGUGGGAGAGGAUUCUCAUUAGGAUAGUUUCGUUAUAAACCCUUUCAUCGAUCUAUUUAUUCCAUUUAUUGUCGUCCAUAGUUCGUAGAAAAUUAAUAAAAGUUUCCGUAUCCAUAUCA